GCCUCUUCAAACAUGGCGGCUCCCAUUGCGCCCUUGGUUUCCUUGCGCUCUUUAUGGGCAACUUACCGGGGCUGUCAAAGGCUACGGUACGGUGCCCACCUAAGGAGGCUGCCAGGGCUGUCCGUACCCUGUCUGCGGAGUCCGUCGGCAGCAUUUGUAAGCCAUUUAGCUGAGAAUUCCCUUCCAAGUUUUGAAACAAAUACAUAUUCUAAAGAACUCAGAGACUGCAGUGGACCUCUUCAACACUAUGACAUUUUAGUCAAGGAUUGUGUUCUAAGGAAAGAUGAUCAUCAACAAAGAGUAAUGCAGCAAUUGCAAAGUCUUCAUGAGGAACUC